GCAGCGAGUUCCUCGCAUAAAAAAAUAAAAUAAUAACAAUGACAAUAAAGAAAGAGGGCGGCAAGGAGAGAGAGUAGUGUAAAAAAGGAGGAAGAAUGGCGAAUUUAGUAUUGCGGGUACCAAUCAACUUGAGGAGCUUCUCUGUUUCUGCUUCAUCAAACGGGGCUCCUGGAAACAUUGCUGGUGCACAAAACGGGGGUCCGGUGAUUUUGGAGAUUCCUCUGGAGAAGAUAAGGAGACCGUUAAUGCGCACUAGAGCUAAUGAUCCAAACAAAGUAAAGGAACUCAUGGAUAGCAUUCGUGAGAUAGGCCUCCAAGUACCUGUAAGUAAUCCUUAUAGUUUGAUUUAACUAUUGAUAUCUUUGGGGGUUGGGAAAGGGUGUGUGUUCCUUUAACAUAUUAUUGUAUAAAAUGAGGACAUUAAUAGUACAGCUAUUAGCUUGUUGCUCCAAUUAUGUAACUAGAUGGGUAAUCAACCAAGCCGACAAAUACUCAGCACCGUAAAAGGACCCAAGAAUACCAGAAUUUCUGGCGGGAAAACUAUCAAAUGUGAAGGGAAAAACUGCGGAGGGUAGUCCAUGAAAAAUCUUUCACCGAGUAGGAUUAAUGGGUUAAAAAUACCUCAUCCUUGCCUCUUAUAACUUUCUUGUCAAUUAUAUCCCACAGCCUGUAGCCAAACUCCUCACGACUAUAACCCUGAAAAUUAUACUGCUUGGACUUACUGUCAAGCUUUGGUACUUGCAUCUCUUGGGAUUUGUUCAAAUCCCCUGCAGCCAGACACUUCCAAGCUGAAUUGAACAUACAUCUUUCUCUAUCCACGCUUUAUCUAGCACAUCUCUGUUUAGUAGAACUGAAUGAGAAAGAUGAAUCAGGUGUCACGACCUGAUUCACAAAGGAAAGAAGAAGGCUGAGAACAGAGAAAAGAAACCUGUGUUAGUCUAUAAGAGGAGAAUAGCUGUUGGUAACGUGGCAAAAAUCAAGUGAAGAAGGGCUAUCUGGCUUAAAUCGGAAUAGACCUGAAUAAAGAUUGGUGAUGUGCUUAAAUCUGGAUUAAGAUGGGCAACGUGGGAAAAUCAGAAGAAAUAGGGUUAAGAAGGCUCUUGAAUGUGGUUAGGUUCAUUUCUUAGACAAGGUGUGUUAAUUCUGAUAGCUGAGUAGUCAACAUGUUUUCUUUUGGUUCUACGUGUAGAGCUAAAUAAAAAUAAGAAAAAAAGGAGCA